AUGAGUAAAACGAGCAGCGGCCGAGGUAAAAACCAGCCUCCGCUAACACAGCACUUUAGCCAACAAGACAAGGAAGCUAGCCAGGAGCCGCUAACACUGAGCAUGCUAGUCGGAGAGUUGGAGAAGCUUCAUAAAAGUGUGACAAGUGAGCUCACCGGGUCCAUAAACAGCGCUUUGGCUCCUCUUCAAGCCUCGAUCCAAACUCUGACUGAGACUGUCACUUCACACACCGCCACCAUUGACGCCAUGGAGACAGCUCUCUCCUCUCAUUCAGAUGGGAUCACCGCCCUGGAGGAGCAGGUGACCACGCUUCAGUCUGAACUAAUGACAGUCAAACAGGUGAACGAGAAGCUCCAAUUGACCGUGGAAGACCUGAUUUCUCGCUCCAAAAGAAAUAAUCUCCGCAUUGUCGGCGUCCCGGAGGGGGCGGAGGGCGCUGACACUCGUCUCUUCGUCACCACAAUGCUUAAAAAAGUCAGCGGAGAUGCUCUUCAAGACCUGGACCUCGAACUCGACCGCGCUCAUCGCAGUCUGGCCCCAAAGCCACUCCAAGGAUCCCGACCCCUCAUCGUUAGGUUCCACAGGUACAUCCACAGAGAAAAAGUCUUGCAAUGGGCCAAGAAGAACCGCGAUGUAUCAUAUCUGGGGCAGCCUAUCCGGAUCUUUGAAGAUUUCAGCAACACCAUCGCAAAGAAGCGGGCCAGUUUCAACAAGAUCAAGAGCCAGCUCUACAAAGAUGGAAUACGCUUUGGCGUCAUCUAUCCAGCCCGCUUGAGAAUCACCUUGAACGGACAGACGCACUUGUUUGACUCAGCGGAGGAGGCAGAGCGGUUCUACUCGAGGAGCAAGUGA